AUGAAUCCUCAAGAGAUCCAGAGCGUCAGUGAGCGUUGUGCUAUCAUAAUAUCAGCCUUCUUCAACGUUAUCUUAUUCUUAUUGACUGUAACUGAGAAGAACUCGUCUCUGAAGUCGUACCGAAACCUCUUAUUGCUUAAUAUCUUGACUGAAAGUUUGUUCACUUUGUUCAUCGCUCUCUCUCAAGUGGUAAGUUAAUAAGUUGUAGCUUUCAAAUUAAUUGUAGCAACAACAUGUUAUUUGAAUUGGUUUUUGUAGUGAGAAAUUCCUUGUUGAAACAGAUAAUAGUGUAAUCUUUUAAUGGACCGUCAUAUGUAAAUGUAUGUGACAUUACUGUAAAAUCCAAAAACCAUUUUUUUAAAAAAUACUAUGAUUACAAUAAGAUGUGAAAUAAUUCUUUAAAAUUUUAUACAAUCCGAUUUUCAAACCUGACCCCGGAGGUCAUGUCCUUCAUAAAUUUAAUUUUUAAAACUUUACGGUAGUGUAAGGCAGGGACGUCGCUACGGAUUUUCUCUGGGGGAGGGGGAGCUCAAAAAAAAUUUUUUUGUCCACAGGUACCUACAUGUGGACCGAUUUUCCAAAAUUUUUUUUUGUUUUUUUGCGUACGGGUACCUACCUGUGGAAUUUUUUUCGGAUCGGCUCUGGGGGAGGGGUACCCCCCCCCCCCUUACCCCCUCUCCCAAACGACGUCCCUGGUGUAAGGUAAUUUCAAUAUGUCAAACUAAAAUACGUAACAUUUCAGACGUUACAGUUCCUGGACGGUGCUUUUAUUGCCAUUUCCAAUGGACCGUUCAAACACUUACCGUAUGAAUACCACUGUUACAUCGUAUCACUGUACAUUUUAGGAAUAGGCAUGAGUUUCAUAACUCUGCCAAUCGACUUCAUAUACCGAUACCUGAUUGUGUGUAGGUGUGUUUUUGCAUUUCAAUUUUUAAAUUUUUGUAAAUGUAAUGUUGUCUAUUUGAAUUUCUUAUAUGUGUUAUAGAUUAUCAUUGCACACAAAGUCAUCAAAAGUUAUAAGAACUGGAAAAUCUUUGUUAGUUUUCCAAUGUAUAAUAUGACAGAGAGAAAUCAUAAAUCAUUUUUAAUUUUAAAUUUUCAGACGAACCCAGGUAAAACUAAAAUAUCUAAUAAUUUUUACUGUGCUGGCCUAUGCAUGGGCCUUAUGGGACUCAUAUUGGAUUACUAUAAGUUUUUUGACAACACCAGACGUGAAGGAGACUUACGGUAGUUUACUGUCACAAGAUAUGUGGUUUGAAGAUGGCAAACAAGUGACAUUUUUGGCCGCUUCUUUUGUAAUUUUUUUUAUAAAUAUACUAUUGACUUUGUCCAAAUUAACUGUUAUUUUAUUGAAACAACUUGAACUUUAACAUUUUUUGCUUUAUUCUGCCGGAGACUUAAUUUUUUAAAUUUUUUUAAUUGGAAAAAAUAGAUUAUGUACAAAAAAUUUAAAAUGUCCAUAAGUUCAAAAAUAAAUGGCGUUUUUAAAUUCAGGACACGUUAUCAGUAAAGAUCUUCGUAUUAUCAGCUGCAUUAAUCAUCUUCAUUGUCUAUUUGUCCGUUUUUAUCAUUGGCCGACAUGUGUUUAAGGAAUUGUCAUCAAAAAGGCACACAAUGUCAAAGAAAACCAUGGAAAUGCAAAGAGGAAUGAAUCGCAUGUUAAUAGCUCAGGUGAGUCAUCAAGGCAACAGCUCUUUAUAAAAAAAUGAUUUUUUAGAAUUUUAAAACAUACUUUUUUGCAUAACUUUAGCAAUAUUAAUCAAUAUAUAGUUUUUAAAAAAUGGCUUCAAACAUAAAAAACGACAAUAUCUUUUUCUAAAGUACUAGUUUGUUCAAAUGAUUUCUUUGCCAAUUUUUUAGAAGGCGCAGAAUUAUUAUUAAGCAAAUUUUCGCAGUUAGAAGGCGCAGAAUUAUUUAAACGACCCAUAAUAUAAAAGAAGAGGAAACAGUCCAAAGAGAAAUGUCUUUUCGCGUUUCUAUGACUUCUCUGCUUCGUGCGAAAAGGUCCCAAAACAUUUCCGUUGGAUUGCUCGGCUGCGAGUAGUUUUGGAAAGGAGAAGAAAUAAAAUAUAAUUCAAAUAUGAAAGAGUCCUUAAUUUAAAAUUCUAAUGGCAAAAAUGUUAAAAUUUAAAUUCUUUCACACAAUCAAAAAUUGUAAUACCUUGAAAAAAUAACAAUUGUUUCAGGCCAUAAUUCCCAUAUUCACGGGACUAUUACCGUUGAUAGUGAUGUUGGUGUCCACCAGUAUGCGGUGGAAAUACCAAUGGACAGGGUUUUUCACAUAUUUUUGUAUUUGCUGGCUGCCGACUAUUGGUCCCAUUUGUGCAAUAUAUUUUAUAACCAGCUUUAGGAAACGACUGUUCUCAAUAUUCUCACAACAAUUCAAAAAGACCUCCGUUAUUAACUCCUUACACAACAUUAGCUCUCAUUAA